UAUUAGCCUUUUCCUGUCGGAAUAGAAAAUUUAUUUCGGUUACUGCAUCUUCAAGGAUCUAGUUCAUUUUUUGCCGAAAUCUUCUUAGAUAUUGAGACAAUGAGAUUCAGUAAAAUUGCUGCUUAAAUUAUCAAACCUCAACCCAAGCUUCACCUCUCUCUCUGCGAAUUCUCUCUCCCCUCUUCUUCUUCUUCGUCUUCUUCUUUUGUCAAUCAAGAUCCCAAUUUUUCCAUCAAUCAGCUUCCUGGAACAAGGCAUUGACAGAUCAGAGGUGGUGGUUGUAUUCAAAAGUGAAGAACAGAACAGCACUCAAUCAGCUCUACUGUAAGCUCCGAUUCUCUUUCUCCGCAAUCUCUUCGACUUCAAUUUAUCUGCAGUCUCUGUAAAGAUCUCUCUUUUAUGAGCCCCCUUUGAGUAAAUUGGUGGAAUUAGGGUUCUGCACAAAUGAAAGAUUUCAAUCCAACAGAUCCCAUUGGGCAGAAUAUAAUAAAGCAAAUUAGCAAUGUAUGUUUCUCUGUGUUUGUAUUCUCUGUGCUCGUCUUCACUGUAAUUGCCAUCACCUACCAACCCCCUGAUCCAUGGGAGUCGUCGAGAGCUCUGACUAAGAUUUUCACCGACGUCGAAAAUGCCACCUUUAAAACCGAUAAUUCCGUGUUGAAAACUGGCGAGGACAUUGCUUCCUCUCCGGUGGCGACGCCUGAGGGCUCAUUGUCACCGAUUACUGAAUCUUCGAUUGAGAAAUCCGAGUCGGAUCUUGGGACAAAUGCGACCUUGAAAUCUGGUUGUGAGGAUUUGACUGUCGUGAAUUGCUCUGAUCCUAGGGUUUUGAUUGCGAUCCAGAGGUUUAAUUUGAGGCAGUUUAAGGCUAUUGCGUUUCUGGAUUACCAGACUCCGGUGAAUGGCUCUAAGGAGGAUGAAUGUGAUGUAGCGUGGAGGUUUAGGAACAAAAAGGAGAAGUCUUGGAGGAAGUAUAGGGAUUUUAGGAGAUUCAAGUUGGGAUAUAAUGAUGAUUGUAGUUAUAAGGUGAUUCGUCCCGGGCGCUGGCAUUCUGGAUUGAAUGCGCGUCGUCCAUGGAUGCAAUCUAGGGGAAAUGGGAGGGGGCAAAGUGGUAAGUUUUCUCCUGUCGUUGACAAGGAGAUCAAUGAUACAAUUCCUGUGUUGGGAUCAGAUUCGGAAUUUAGGAAGGGAAGGUAUCUGUACUAUUCGAGGGGAGGGGAUUAUUGCAAAGGAAUGAAUCACUUUAUCUGGAGCUUCUUAUGUGGUCUUGGUGAGGCCCAGUUUCUGAACCGGACGUUUGUGAUGGAUUUGAGUAUUUGUUUAGCUUCUACGUACACACAGAGCAACAAGGACGAGGAAGGGAAAGAUUUUAGGUUCUAUUUUGAUUUUGAACAUUUGAAAGAGGUGUCUUCGAUUGUGGAGGAAGGUGAGUUCAUGAAAGACUGGAGGAGAUGGGACAGAAGUCAUAAGAGGAAAAUCCCGGUUAGGAAGGUGGCUAGCUAUAAGGUGACGCCGAUGCAGCUGAGGAAAGAUAAGACUCCCAUUAUAUGGAGGCAGUUUGAUGCUCCUGAGCCGGAGAAUUAUUGGUAUAGGGUGUGUGAAGGGCCGAGUGCUAAAUACAUUGAGAGGCCGUGGGAAGCGCUUUGGAAAUCUAAAAGAUUGAUGAAUAUAGUUUCAGCAAUCAGCGGGAGUAUGGAUUGGGAUUUUGAUGCAGUUCAUGUGGUUCGAGGGGAGAAGGCGAAGAAUAAGGAGUUAUGGCCUCAUCUGGAUGCAGAUACUUCACCGGAUGCCCUGGUUGCUAAACUACAGGGGGCGGUUGCACCUUGGAGAAAUUUGUACAUUGCUACAAAUGAACCCUUCUACAAUUACUUCGACAAGCUGAGAUCCCACUACAAAGUUCAUUUGCUCGAUGAUUACCAGCAUUUGUGGGGGAAUGCCAGUGAAUGGUACAAUGAGACAACUCUGUUGAAUGUUGGCCGUCCGGUUGAGUUUGAUGGUUAUAUGAGGGUCGAAGUGGAUACUGAGGUCCUUUUCCGAUCAAAGACAAGGGUGGAGACGUUCUAUAACUUGACCGCAGAUUGCAAGGAUGGGAUCAAUACGUGCUAAACCAGGUUAAAGCACGUUCCAUACAUUCCUUUCUUUAUGUAUGUUGUUUCACAUAUCCUUUUUUGUCUGUCUUGUUCUGUAUUUGUUUUCAAGAAAAAAGUUUUUUUUUCGGAUCUCUGUGCCUACAGAUAUUUUUUGUUGUAUACUUUGAUAACGAUCUUGUCAUUCAUGAUACAUCUGUGCUGUAUGGAAAUACUUUUUUUUAAUUUCUA